AUGUUGCGCCCUACAGACUCUCCCAUGCCAAUUGGCAUUGGUUUCCUUCUUUUGUCUUUCGGAGCCAAGUUCACUUCUGCCGUUCCUUACCAAAUUUACCAGCUUAAUGAGCGAGACGUCAACACUGAUACCACUACAACUGAUUCCUUCAUUUCUACUACCACCAGCGCCGUCGCGCCCAUUGACGUUCUUCCUACUACAAGUUCAGACGUUGUUGUGAUCAACACUGAGACUUCAUCCAACAAUGACGCUAUUGUCGUUGACACAACUACCAAUGCUGCUCCUGUGAUUGAGACUCCUACCACUAUUGGCCAGAUUGUUGAUGCUACCACCAGCGCUGAGAUUGCGCCUGUUGGUACCGAGACAUCAGCUAUCGUGGAUGUGUUGAGCAGCACUGAUGCUCCUGUCGUGAACCCUAUUCCUACUACAACCGAUGAACAGACUACAUCGAACUGGAUUCCUCCCGCUGGUACAGAGACCAACGUUGUUGGCACUCCUGGUGCCAGCACUGAUGUUCCCCCUCCUGCUGGUACUGAGACUGCCACUACCAACAAGGCUGUUGAGCCAGUUGGUACGACUACCAAAACUGAUCUUCCUCCUGUUGGAACAGAGACUACGAGCGACGUCCCUCCUCCGGUUGUCGACACCACCACAAACACUGCUGUUCCGGUUGGGACUGAGACUACCAGCAACGCAAUUGAACCUGUCGACACAACCACUGAUCUUCCUGCUCCUGGUCCUGAGACGACCACCACCCAGGCUCAGGCACCCGCUGAGACGACUACCUCGGCUGUCAUCCCUCCUCCAAACACCGACACCAGCGCUGAGGCGCCCCCUCCCGAAACCACAACCGACAAGGCCGAUGCUCCUAGCACCACUGCUCCCGUCAACAACAUCCCCAGCACAACUGAAAAGGCCUCUGAGCCAAGCGACAAGCCCAGCGAUGCCCCUUCAGCCCCCGUCACUGCUCCUCCUCAAGAAGCCACUGCUGCUGCUUCUCAGGCUCAGGUCACUGCCUCAGAGUAUAACUCCAAGGUCGACGACAUCAUCCCUAUCAUUGUCGCUUGGACCAAUAACCCUGAUGGUCUCAAGACAGAUACGCUGAACAAGAUUAAUAACUUGAUCGAUGGUGUCAAGGGUGCUAUCAAGGAUCUUGGCGGUAAUGAAUCUGGUGGUUGUCCCGGUAAGCGACGUCGCGGACUUCUCGACAUUGUCUCCAACGUCAUCAACACCUUGUCUUGUGUCGUCUCCAACCUUGAGGAUGUUACUGGCAAGAUCACUGGUGGCAUUGUCGAGGGCGUCACUCCCAUUGUGAGCACUCUCACCAACAACAGCAAUGAUCUCAAGGAGCAGAGUGAGGAGGAGGAAGAUGAGGAUAAGUCCAAGACUGAGAAGGAGGAGUCUAAGACUGAAGAGGAAGAGUCCAAGACAGAGGAGAGCAAGACGGAGGCCAGUACCACUGAGAAGCCUACCUCCACUGAGGCUGAGACUACGACUUCUGCUGAGACAACUGAGACUACGGGGUCUUGCAAGAUGAGGGAGACUACCAAUGUGCCCGCUGCUUCUGAUACCCAGCCUAAGACUUCGAUUGCUCUGCCUCCCACGAGCGGCGAUGGCGCUACUGGUAGCGAGACCUCUGCUGGUGCGGCCGAAACUGGUACUUCUGAUGUGCCUACCUCCACUGAGGCUGCUGAUGUGACUACCUCCAACCAAGGUCCUGAGUCUACCACCGCUGCUGAGACCUCUGUCCAAGAGACCUCUACCAAGCCUGCCGAUGAGACUAGCACCGCUGAUCAAACCACCAAGACGGAAGAGACCUCCAAGGCCGAGGAGACUGACACUUCAGUCCCCGCUACCACAACACCCAGCACCCUCCUCACAACAACCCGUCCCUCCGACCGAACCACCGACACCAUCACUUCCGGCUCAACCGAGGGCAUCACCACCGCCCCAGUACGCACAUACUACCCCUGCGGCAUCUACGGCGGUCCCCGCGUCACAUCAGCCUACUGCCAGUGCUCCACCACCGUCUCAGGCAAGCAGUACAUCGCGACAGCUACACUCAUCGAUAAUAAAUGUGAAGCCUACACCGAGUAUCCCUCCAAGGUCGACCCAGCUACUGAAUCUCCCCCUCCUACACAAGCACCCAUCAACGAACCUCUCACCAAGACCAUUGAUGGAACUGUCCUCGCCUGGACUGCCUACACCCUUGCGUAUGGACAGGUUUACAAGGACGUCACAGCUACCUUCUCCAACGGUAUUGGCGACGUAAAGACUAUCGCUACACCGGUCCCUACGCAGACUCACGUCGAUAACGAUGGAUCUGGGCAGUGCGGUACUAGCGACGGUCUCUCUAAGUCCGGUCUCGGUGACGCAUGUGAUCGCGCCAUUGGUGAAUUCCAAGACGAUACCAUCUACACGGGCUACACUACGCGCUACAGCCGCUCUAAGAAGGGUCUUCUCAUGGUCAUGUCUAUGGGACAGGCUGCUUGUAUUGCCAAGUUUAGCUGUGAUGACUAUGGUAUCGGUAUGAGCGGUAAGCUCAUCAAGGAAGCACGUGAGAAUGCGAAGAACAAUGACAACAUUUGGAUGUGUGGACACAUUGAGUUGUCGAACUCUUGUAAGGUUGUUAUGGAUUACUGUACGAACUGUAACAAUGAGGGCUAA